UUAAUAUAGAAAACAAUUAUAAAAAUAGUGUGCAUAUUUUUGUAAAAUAAAUUAUCAAACUUGAAAAAGGAAAAAAAAUAACCAAUAAAUGCGUAAUUAAUGAUACAAAAUCUGUGAUAAUUGCAAAUUCAAAAUGCAUUUUAAAUUAUUUUUAAGUUUAUUUGUUAACGUGGUAGUUAUUAAUUUAGUAAAAGGGACGAUAGUGUUGCCGGUACGAAAUGAAGCGUUUAAUAAAGAUCUUUAUGAAGAAGUGCUGGAUGCAGAAUUAUGUGAUCAACAAAUACAAAUUAUUAGAAAUAACACUUUGAUUUCCUUGUUUUUCGCGGACGCCGGCAUGAGGGUCCCCAGAGGAGUUCUAGAAGGAAACACUAUGGACAUGGGCAACUACCAUCAAUGUAUUGGUCUGAACCAGAAUAUAGCAGAUACUGAAUUACAAGGAAAGUACUGCAUGAUACGAGUACCUUUAAAUCAGACUUUUGUUACGCCAUGGAUGAAUUCUGAGACGUCGAAUUUCAACCCUAAUAACCUACGCUUGGACAGUGAGACGAUAAAGAGUUUGAGAGAAUUUUAUGCUAUGAAAAAUGGAAUGAAUGCCUUGACUGGUGCUGCUGAUGUUGACAGGCUAGCACCAAACAACCCGUUGGCGUCGCUUACAUUCCGGCUAGCCGUCUGUGUCCCCAAGCCUUGCACAACGGAACAAGCGAUCAACUCUUUCAUAUUCAACAUGACUGCUGUAGGCUUCCAAUACGAUGAUGACUUCUGUCGUCUACCUGAUGAUAAACCUUGGGUACCUGGUGAUACGGUUAUUAUAGUUAUCUUCUCCAUAAUUGGACUAUUAACUGUAGUAAGCACAUCCUACGAUGUAUGGCACGCAAUUAUUUUGAAAAAAGAUCCUAAGACGGUGAGCGUGAUUGGCAGAUGUUUCUCCGUAUACACGAACGGUCGUCGCGUCAUGAAUUUCCAGUCAAGCCCUAACAGCAUAGAGUGUUUAGAUGGCAUUAGAGCAUUGGCUAUGAUAUGGGUGGUCCUAGGACAUACCUUUUCAUCAGUAGUGUUUUGGCAAAACCCGCUAGAUGCCUUUACGUGGGCGUCAUCAUGGCAAUCAUUAUGGAUCACAUCAGCCCCAAUUACAGUGGACACAUUCUUCACAUUGAGUGGUUUUCUAGUCGUAUAUACUGCUCUAGGAAAAUUCAAUUCAAGUAAGUAACCAUGAUAGAUCGACUGCUUCGU